GGUAGUUAGAGAGAGCAGAGCGUGAGAGAAGGAAGACUGAAUCCACUCCACAGAAGAGGGAGAGAAGGAGCAGAGAGAGAGGUAGUUAGAGAGAGCAGAGCGUGAGAGAAGGAAGACUGAAUCCACUCCACAGAAGAGGGAGAGAAGGAGCAGAGAGAGAGGUAGUUAGAGAGAGCAGACCGUGAGAGAAACAAGACUGAAUCCGCUCCACAGAAGAGGGAGAGAGCAAGGGAAAGGGACAGAGAGAGAGGUUGGGGUCGCUGCAUCGGUAUGCCUGCUCCUCCUGCUCUCUCAUUUCCACUCCACACGCUGCUGCCUUUCUGAGUAGACCCAGACUCUGUUUGAAAUGCCAAUCACCUCCUUGAGGCUGCGCCUUCAUCUUCAUUCAUUUACAUUUAUACUCACCUUUCCCUGCGUGAGGGAGACCGGGACUGCCUAAGACAUUCGUGGAGGAUCAUUUCUGCUGAAGUUGCUGUGAAGAAAUUCUGCUCUUUGGACGCGAUCCGCCUGAUCUUUCCGUGUUUGGAGAGGACACAAAGUCUCUGGAAACAUCGAACUCUAUAUCACCUGGAAUAUUUGAGAAUUUGUGACUGCAUCUUUUAGAGACAUACAGGAAUUCCUGUAAGCCAAGACAAUCAAACUUGUUGACAGUUUUCUAUAUUUUGUUGUCUAUGUCUUUUCUAAGGAGAGAACCAGAGGAGUAGAAGGAUAGGCUGCCAUAGUAUUUGUCCUCCAUCUGUGUGUGUCUGUAUGAUUGAACUGUCUGUGUCUGCACAGUGAGGGAUGCCCUGGGGGACUCCCUGGUCGUGGACGAGGGCUAGUCUUCACGUUGCUGCUGAUAUGGCAGAGGGUACACGGCUCCUCUCUCUCGGCCACCAGCCUGAUCUGCUGCUGAGCUAGGACCAGGACUAGGACCAGGACUACCAGCCCCAGCCAAGCCCCCUGUCUCUGAGUCUAGGAUCAGACCAGACAAGGAUCUUUCUGGAGCUUCCUGCCCUCUGCCGGUUGAUCUGGUUUCAGACCAGGAGCUUUCAGAAAGCUCUCUGGCUGCAAGAUGAUGAACUCUUCCCUGGACCUGCUGGAGCUUGAGCUCCUCAACCUGAGCGGCCCUCCUUUCUGCCUCCUGGACGUGGGCUACAGCCAGAUCUUAAACACCUGUCUACUGGAGGUAGCCAUCAUCCUGCUGCUUACCGUCCUCAUCAUCUCUGGCAACCUGGUGGUGAUCUUUGUGUUCCACUGUGCUCCUCUUCUCCAGCACCACACAACCAGUGCCUUCAUCCAGACCAUGGCCUACGCAGACCUGUUGGUGGGUGUCAGCUGCCUCAUCCCCUCCCUGUCCCUCCUCCACCACCUGAAAGGCCUGGACGAGGAGCUGACCUGUAAGGUGUUUGGUUACAUGGUUUCCGUGUUGAAGAGCGUUUCCAUGGCGUCGCUGGCGUGUGUUAGCGUGGACCGCUACAUGGCGAUAACACGGCCUCUGUCGUACGCUACCUUGGCGACGCCGUGCCGGAUCCGCGCGUGCAUCCUCCUCAUCUGGGUCUACUCCGCCCUUGUCUUCUUGCCCUCCUUCUUCGGCUGGGGGAAGCCCGGCUACCACGGCGACGUGGUGGAGUGGUGCGCGGUGGAGUGGGAGACGAGGCCGCUCUUCACAUCGUUCAUUGUGGUGCUGCUCUACGCGCCAGCCGCCAUGACGGUCUGCUUCACCUAUGUCAACAUCUUCCGGAUCUGCCGGCAGCAUACGAGGGAGAUCAGCGAGCGCCGCGCCCGCUUCGGCCCACAGGAAGGCUCUCUGGGACAGGAUGGCCAGCCGCAGCAUGCGCCGGCGUGCACGGACAAACGCUACGCCAUGGUGCUGUUCCGCAUCACCAGCGUCUUCUACCUCCUCUGGCUUCCCUAUAUCCUGUAUUUCCUGCUGGAGAGCGCUGACAUCUACAGUCACCCUGCCGCCUCGUUCAUCACCACCUGGCUGGCUAUCAGCAACAGCUUCUUUAACUGUCUGAUCUAUAGUCUGUCCAACAGUGCCUUCAGGAAGGGUUUAAAACGCCUCUGUUUGUUCUGUGUGCAGCGCGUGGACAGUAAGAAGUCCUUCAGCCCUUCACCAGGGUACGGACAGGGGCCCAUCUGCACACGCUCCACAUGCCAUGUCUAGGAUCUCCCAGAGAGCCUUGUGGCGGUUGAGUCAGAGUAUCGUGUUGUUGCACUAAGCAUGUCCCAUACUGAUGCUGAGCUAAAGGGAACAGGCUUCACAUGGAGUUGUGUCGCUGCAGAUGCUGCAGAUGCUGCUGUUUAUCGACUGUUGGAGGGUUGCGUCCCUGGCCACUGCUGCCACUGACGGGAUCGUCUCCAGGGCCUGAGAGCUGUGAGACCCGCUUGGGAAGUACAGGCAAGGCUCAGCCCCAGCCAUGAGAGAGGUGGGAGAGGUGGGAUGUGGAGUUACCCUAACCUUUGACUCCUGAUAUAGAUGACGACGUUAUGGCUACGUUGUUUCAGCGGGUGAGAGUUGAGGUGACUGAAGACCUCCCUUCUGACAGUACUUGCCAAAAACACAAACUGUAAGAAGAACACACAUUGUUUUAGGGGAGGGUUUUUUGCUGGGACUCUGUAUCUUCCUAGCAGUUUGUAAAACUAUUUGUAUUUGUGCUACAAUGUAUAGAAUGCAAAAAAGGACUCGCGUUACUUAAAGGUCCAAUGCAGUCAAAAUUAAGUUUUUCCUGUUCCAUUUCCAUUUUAGUAAUUUAGCAGGCGCACUUAUCUAGAGCAAAUUACAAUUAGCGGAUUCAUCUUAAGACAGCUAGGUGAGACAACAACACAUCACAGUCGUAUCAAGUAUCUAUCAGCAAAGUCAGUGCCAGUAAAACACUGUGAGAGUUAUUUAAGAUGUCUUCAAAGAGGUAGGGUUUCAGACGUUUCAGAAAGAUGGGGCUGUCCUGGCUUCAGGGGGAAGCUUGUUCCACCAUUGGGGUGCCAGGACAGAGAAGAGCUUUGACUGAGUUGAGCGGGAACGUCCCUCCCGUAGGGGUGGGAGAGCCAAGAGACCAGAGGUGGCAGAAUGGAGCGCUCGGGUUGGGAUGUAGGGUUUGAACAUAGCCUGACGUUAGGGAGGGGCAGUUCACCUUGCUCCUCCGUAGGCAAGCACCAGGAUGCCAGUAGAGUGAGCAGAGGAGCGGGGUUACAAGGAGAACCUAGCAGGGUUGAGCCCCAGGCAGCCUGCUGCAUUUAUAAUCUACUACUAAUACAGUAAGGUACUUAAUUGUUACCCAGAAAUGAUUUGAUGUUAAUAUAAAAAUAGCUGCAUUGGGCCUUUAAAAAAAUGGAGAAACACUUGAUUGCUGCUUUCUUAUGUCUGAGUGGAGCUGUCAAUAACAACUUAUUUAAAUGUUUGCCCUUGUGGUUUUUACAGAAACAGAUGAUUUACAACAUUGUGCGCUGAGGGGUGCAACAACCUCCAACUCUGAAGAGAAUCUUCUAGGUCUACAUCAUUUAUUUACAUCUGGGUUGUUCUGAGGCAGAGAAAGAGAGGACUUUGUUUAGGUGCUCAAACACCAGGAUUAUUAGUAAAGCCUGACCGAUAAUAUUGGCUAUUCCACUGAUAAACAAUGGGAAAAAAAAGAAUCUCAUGCUUUCCUGAAUGAUUGCGGCUGUCCCCAUGAACUGUUAUUCAUUUCACAGUGUAAGAAAUCAACAUUUGAAGUGUAUUUCUUGGACGGCAAUUUAUGUGGAAAAGAGUAUAUCGGCAGAUAUAUCAGUACGUUUUGUCACUCCAAAAAUCUGAAUCGUAUCGGAUCCCCAAAAAAACAUUGGUCGGGCUUUAAUUAGUAGUCUCAGUUGAACUAGUUACUACUGAGGGAUCAGCGUAAUCAUUGACUGGAUGACUCUUGUUUCGACAAACUUCCUCAUCAUCAGAGCCUGUCUGGCUCUGUAACCAAACUACAUUGCACUUCACUUAUGAGGAGAAUGUGGUCAUUGUGUCAAAGCAGAAGGUUAUAGAGAAGUGAUUAAGCUCCAGAAUAGUUGAUCAUCUCCAAAGAUUUACCCCACAUAUGUGAUCUGUUCUAGUCUAGGAGUGUCUGCUGCUAUACAGAUGGGGCUCUUACGUUGUGGAGCACAGGGAGGGUUGGGAAUCAUUAAAUCAACCUCACAUCUGUCUUACCGUUAAUGAAAGUGAAUGUUGAUGGUGAGUACUGAGAAUGCUGUGAGCUGCUGUUAGCUGAGGAACAUUCUGCCUCUGGCUGGGUGUGGUAAACGUCUCGUCCGUCUGUCUGCCCCCCUACCUUUCUCCUCCUGCUCAUUACAUCACAGAAAUCCAGGGGGAUAAAGAGAGGGAGAAAGAGCAGAAUAGCAGCUGUGGAGUGAGAGAGAGCCCUAAGAUAAACAUUAUGGCCACAGUAAUACUGUGCCACACACACACACACACACACACACACACGGUAAUGUGGGACGUUAAACAGUACCACUGUAUGUCCAGACCCAGAUGCUUCAAGACAUUUCACUUUUCCAGCCGGGGCCACAACACCACAGUAUAAAACAGGCUGGUUCAGACCAGGCUGUUCCAAAUGGAAUCUUAUGUAGUGCUCAAGGGUUUUAAACUAAUGUUACUGGAUAUUUAUUAGACUUUUUCACAAGUUUUGGCUUCUUGUCACUUUUCUCUCUUUAGUACUCUGACAUUUGGGAGCAAAUAUACAACGGACACAGGGGCUUUAUUUUCCUAGUGGACCAAAGUUGAAUAUUUAUUGGAUUUUGUAUAUUUGAAGAAGAAAGAGACUGAAUGAGAGAUGGCAAGAAAAAGAAAGUGUGAUUCAGGUUGAUUACUUUCUUUUAUGGAUGUUUUCAUGUUAGGAAUUUUGCAGUGAUGAAGGUGUGGCCAGACAUUGAGGCUGCCUCUGCAAUGAAUCCAGUGUUCUGGGUACAGGCUCCAUCGAGAGGUUUUCAGAGUUGCCUGUACAGCAGUCCUAUCUGAAUUACAGCAGUCCUAUCUGAAUUGAUUUAGUCUUUGAGCAGUUACGGUGUGACUAUUAAAAUGUAUUUAUUUUAAAAUAUUUCAAAGCUGUACGUAGUCUUUUAUGCAUGUUUUACUUACUGUAUAUAUUUGACUGAAUUGUCACUUUUCGUAUUCAAAUCACAAACUGUUGUCAAACUGUCUAAAGUGUAAAUGCUUUUGGAGACGUACGUCUUCACGGCAAUGCUGUCAAAGGGCACAGUGCAAUACAUUCAGUCUUCCUCCAUU